UUUGUUGAUUUGUGUUUUGAAAAAUUAUUUUAAGUUUUUAUUUUAUAGUUUAAGAAUAUUCAAUUAAAUCAUAUUUACUUUUAAAUAAAGAUUAUAUAAAAAUUUAUAAAAAUGGAGAAAUAUUCAGUUACAUCUAUGAUAGGAGAAGGAUCUUUUGGGCGUGUUUACAAAGCUACACGGAAAUCUGAUAAUCAUACAGUUGCAUUAAAAGUUAUUUUAAAGAGAGGGAGAUCCAGCAGAGAAAUAAAAAAUUUACGACGUGAAUGCGAAAUUCAAGCAGAGUUAAAACAUGAAAAUAUUAUUGAGAUGUUUGAAUCAUUUGAAACAAAAAAUGAUCUAGUUGUUGUAACAGAAUUUAGUCAAAUAGAUUUACAUAGAUAUUUAAGUAAAAAUGGCACAAUUAGCGAAGAAACUGCACAAAAAUUAAAUGGGCAUUUAGUAUCAGCAUUAUAUUACUUGCAUUCAAACCGAAUUCUUCACAGAGAUUUAAAGCCACAAAAUGUUCUAUUAGAUGAAAAUUUACAUGCAAAAUUAUGUGAUUUUGGCUUAGCAAGGAAUAUGACAUUGGGAACUCAUGUGUUGACUUCGAUCAAAGGAACGCCUUUAUACAUGGCACCAGAACUUUUAUCAGAAAAACCUUAUAAUCAUCAAGCAGAUUUAUGGUCUUUGGGAUGCAUAAUAUACGAAACUCUAGUUGGACAACCACCUUUUUGUACAACAUCAAUUUUACAUUUGGUUCGUUUGAUUCGUUUGGAAGAAGUUAAAUUUCCUAGUUUUGUAGGAAAUGACUGCACAUCAUUUCUUCAGGGGCUUCUAGAAAAAGAUCCUACAAUGCGAAUGACUUGGGCACAAAUUUUAUUUCAUCCUUUUACUGAAAAUAGAUUAAAUUUACCAGAAGGUUGUCAAGCCAUUGAACCAGAUUUUACAAAAAAUAAAAGCACAGAUAAAUCUCCUGAACGGGAUGAAUGUGAUAACAAUAUUACAGAACAGUUAGAUCUGUUAACUUUAGAGGGCAAUAAAGAAAACAAAAAUAGCCUUGAUUCAUCUAAUGACAGCACAAAUGCUAUUCUUCAAAGUGAUAUAGAAAACAUUGAAACUGAUGCUGAAGAUAUAAAUCGUAUAAAUAUUCCAUUUUCCGAUGCACCUUCAUUAAAAUAUGAUUUGACAAAAAAGCAAAUUUCAUCUAUUGUGCCGAAACGAUUAUUGGGACCAAAAGAUAGAAUACCGAUUGAAAUACCAGAUAUUGCAAACCAAGCAGUUGGUGGUAACAUGGUUAUUAAUUUUUUGAAUGACAAUUUCAAACAAGAAUCUUCAGCACAAAAUAACCCUAUUGAACUCGGGAACAUGGUCGUUAAUUUCCAAAACGAAAAUUUUCAACAGGAAUUCGAUGGACAAAUUACAAAGACGUCUAAUGAUUUAAGUAUUGAGAAAUUGAAGAUCAGUAAUAAAAAGUCUGCUAAUCAAACGGUUUGUUCACGUAAUAAAGACUUAGAGAGACGAAAGUUAAGUCAAAAUUUGGAUAAUUUUUCAUUACGUCUGGGUCAAAGCCAUAAUUUAGAAUCUGUAGGUGUUGUAGGAGUGACUAGGGUUGAUGUUAACCCGAAUUAUAUAAGAAAGCAGGAAGAUAAUACCUUAGAAAAUAAAGAUUCUAAGAAGUGUAAUUCAACAAAUUCAGCAGAGGAAAAACUAAGUUGUUCCGAAAAUACUCCUCCUUGCCUUUUACCAGGAUGGGAUUCAUGUGAUGAAUCGCAAAGCCCACCAAUUGAAAAUGAAGAAUGGUUAGCAUUUUUAAGAAGAUCAAUGCAAGAAAUUUUAGAUGGUGAAAUGGAGUCGCUACAGCAACAAAACUUAGUCAGCAUAAUUGUAGCACCCUUGCGAAAUGUGCGGGCUAGCUCCAUUGUUAUUGAAAAUGUUGCAAAACUAUUUAGCUUGCCACUGGUGUUAGAUAAGCCGAAUAAUGUGUUAGAAAGCAUUAAAAAUGUAUAUAUUGAAGUUAAAUUGGUUCCAAAUUUAAUGUACGCGUCAAGAAUAAUAACGACUCAUAAAUUGAGUGAAUGUUCUCAAUCAUCAUCGACCUCGUUUUCAGGGAGGCAAUUUAAAACUAUUACUGAAUUAACAGAUGAAGAAAUUCACACACUUUCUUUGUUGUACGAAUUAACUUGUUAUUUGGUGCAUUUAAAUGAAAAGUUUUUAAUUCAAUUUUGUGAUGCUGUCGCAAUCUUACCAGCAGAUGCACUUCUAAUUUUAUUUUUGUCUCAUGAUUCUAAAAAUAAGGAUGCUAUUAGUAUAUCAAACUAUGUGAUCGCUAUAUUAUGUUACGUUUUACGAGAAUUACCAGAAAAUGCUGAACUUGUUGAAAGAAUUAUAUUCAGUGAUAAACUAAAUUUAAUUGCCUUAAUGAGGAAUGCAGAUGAUUUAAUACGCUUAAGACUAUGUAUGCUUUUUCGUUUAUUAGUUAGAUUCAGUUUACGAGGUUUACAAAAUAUUUGGUCAACCGAAUUCAAAGAAACAAUCGAAUCUUUAAUUUAUGACCCAUCUGACGAAGUUCGAGAGGAAGCUGAAUUUGUAGUUGAAGAACUAAAACAAUUCUCAUUUUAUUCAUAAACUUUUAAAUAAAUUGUUGUAACUGACCAUAUCACUAUUAUUAAUAUUCUAAUGUUAUAUAGUUAAAUUAACAUUAUUGAAGUGUAUUGAAAGAAAAGAAGAAAAUGUUAAAUAAAUUUUU